AAGCUGCGAUAAACACAGGCAGGGCGUCUGAGCCUAAACAAGGACAAAGUGAUCACGGUAUCAAUGCUCUAACAAUGGACUUAGCAGAUAUGCUUGUCGUCAAAUUCUUCUGUUUCGUCUACUUAAUAAAUUACACCCAGGGUUAUCAUAAUGGGAACCCCCUGAACAAGUAUGUGCGUCACUACGAGGGUCUGUCCUAUAACACCUAUGAGUUACAUGACAAGCACCUGAGAGUCAAGAGGGCCCUCCACCACCAAGACAAAUUUCUCCAUCUAGACUUCCACGCACACGGAAGACAUUUUAACCUGAGGAUGAAGAGAGACACCAGUCUGUUUGCUGAGGACCUGAAGGUAGACAUGGGAGGACAGGAGGUGAACUAUGACACCUCUCAUAUCUACACUGGAGAAAUAUACGGUGAGAAAGGUACCCUGAGCCAUGGGUCUUUGGUGGAUGGGAAGUUUGAGGGCUUCAUCCAGACGUACCAGGGGACGUUCUACGUAGAGCCAGCAGAGAGAUACCUGAAGGACCGGGACGUUCCCUUCCAUUCAGUUAUCUACCACGAGGACGACAUCAAUUACCCCCAUAAGUAUGGUCCAGAGGGGGGCUGUGCCGACCACUCUGUGUUUGAGAGGAUGAAGAAAUACCAGGCCACUGCCAUGGAGGAGCCAAACGAGAAGCUCCAUGCAGAGGAGGCGUCCAGUGACCCGGUGUUGCUGAGGAAGAGGAGGACGGCUCAGAUAGAGAAGAACACCUGUCAACUCUUCAUCCAGACAGACCACCUCUUCUUCAAGUACUACAAGACCAGGGAGGCUGUCAUCGCACAGAUCUCUAGUCACAUCAAGGCUAUAGAUGCCAUCUACCAGGGAACAGACUUCAUGGGUAUCCGGAACAUCAGCUUUAUGGUCAAGAGGAUACGGAUCAACACCACUACAGAUGAGAGGGACCGGUCCAACCCUUUCCGCUUCGCUAACAUCGGCGUGGAGAAGUUCCUGGAGCUGAACUCUGAGCAGAACCAUGAUGACUACUGUCUGGCCUACGUCUUCACUGACCGGGACUUUGAUGAUGGUGUGCUGGGUCUGGCCUGGGUCGGAGCUCCUGCAGGGAGUUCUGGAGGGAUCUGUGAGAAGAGUAAGCUGUAUUCUGACGGGAAGAAGAAGUCCCUGAAUACCGGCAUCAUCACUGUUCAGAACUACGCCUCCCACGUCCCUCCGAAGGUCUCACACAUCACCUUUGCCCACGAGGUGGGACACAACUUUGGCUCUCCGCAUGACUCGGGGUCAGAGUGCACCCCAGGGGAGUCUAAGACCCAGGAUAAGAAGGAGAAGGGGAACUACAUCAUGUACGCCCGGGCCACAUCAGGAGACAAACUCAACAACAACAAGUUCUCCGUCUGUAGUGUCAGGAACAUCAGCCAGGUCCUGGAGAAGAAGAGGGGAAGCUGCUUUGUCGAGUCAGGCCAGCCCAUCUGUGGUAAUGGGUUAGUGGAGCCAGGGGAGGAGUGUGACUGUGGAUACAGCGAUCAAUGCAGAGACCAGUGUUGCUAUGACGCCGACCAGCCUGACAACAGGAAGUGUAAACUAAAACCCAACAAAGUCUGCAGUCCUAGCCAGGGCCCGUGCUGUACUCCUGAGUGCUACUAUAAGGGCCGUAAUGAGAAGUGUCGUGAGGAGUCUGAGUGUGCUCAUCAGGGCAUGUGUAACGGGGGUACGGCCCAGUGCCCCACCUCUGAACCCAAGGCCAACUUCACCGCCUGCCACGGAGAGACUCAAGUGUGCCUCAACGGGGGCUGUUCUGGCUCCAUCUGUGAGAAGUAUGGUCUGGAGGUCUGUACCUGUGCCAGCGUGGAGGGCAAGGACGAGACUGACGAGCUGUGCCACGUUUGCUGUAGUGAGAAAAUGGACCCCAACACCUGCAGCAGUACAGGUUCAGAGAAGCUGGCCCGGUUCUUCAAUAAGAAAGUCACCACGCUGCCCGCGGGGUCUCCCUGCAACGACUUCAAGGGCUACUGUGACGUGUUCAUGAGGUGUCGGCUGGUGGACGCGGACGGCCCUCUGGCCAGACUGAAGAAGGCCAUCUUCAACCCUGAGCUCUAUGAAAACAUUGCAGAGUGGAUAGUGGCUCACUGGUGGGCAGUGUUGUUGAUGGGCAUCGCUCUGAUCAUGUUGAUGGCUGGCUUCAUUAAGAUCUGUAGUGUCCACACCCCUUCCAGCAAUCCCAAACUGCCCCCACCCAAACCACUACCAGGCACGCUAAAGAGGAGGAGAGCCCAGCAGCACGCCCGGGACGCCCGAGACGCCCAGGUGCACCAGUCCCAGUCCCACCACGGAGGUGGAGAUCACGGCCAGCACCACCCAGUCUCCGGAGGCCAGCGGCAGCAGCCCUCACGCCAGGCCCAGCCACAGCCCCAGCCUCAGAGGCACCACCGCAGCCAGGGCCAGCCCAGAGAAAACUACCAGAUGGGUCAGAUGAGACGCUGAGCUGUUGAGACACUGGGGCUUCGGGGUUGGGACCGCUCGGGGUUGGGACCGCUCGGUCCGCUGCUCCCUCCAUCGACUGCUCCUUGCCUUGGCUCCUCCACGUGCCUAUCUAUGUAACUGGUGGGACUGGGCUUUGAACCGAUUUGUGGGAUUUUAAUCCGGGUCUUCAGGGUGGGAAUCUGACGUCCUGACCGUUUAGAUCAACAGGAUUUUCUUAGCAUUUUUUCUUGAUUAGGAUCGAUGGAAUCAAGGGAAAGGGAACCACACUUUAGUUUUUACACGUUUUUUUUAGGAUUUCCUCUUGGUCUAAUGGUUAAGGUGUUGGGUUGCCACGUGGGAGGACCUGGGUUCGAAUCCCACCGGUUUACACCUAACAGUAGGAUAUAACACUUGCUUCAGUCCUUCCAAAGAACAGCCUUAACUGGUUGUUUACCAUCCUCAUACCCUCCAUCUACAAACAAAACAGAGUUGAGAAAGUGAGAAUAAACGGACCCCCCCCCCCCCCCCCCCCCCCAACGACCACCACUGACUGUAGCCUGCAGCACGGCUGACCUCUUCAGUCUUGUUUUCUGUGGCUCUCGAUGUGCAGUGGAAUCCACCAUCAGUCAUUUUGUUUGACCAUCCACCAUUUUUUUAUUUUUUUUGUGGAGUGGAAGUGACCAUCCACCAUUUUGUCUUUUUUGUGGAGUGGAAGUGACCAUCCACCAUUUUGUCUUUUUUGUGGAGUGGAAGUGACCAUCCACCAUUUUUUUUUUUUUUUUGUGGAGUGGAAGUGACCAUCCACCAUUUUGUCUUUUUUGUGGAGUGGAAGUGACCAUCCACCAUUUUGUCUUUUUUUGUGGAGUGGAAGUGACCAUUGGCCAUUUCCAAUGCAGUAGGUCUUCGGUCUGCCUCUUUUUCCCACCAAAUCUUUCUUUCUUUCAAUGGAGUGCCAACGAGUGGAGGAAUUGACUGGUUUCAUCACGUGUAGCUUUACUACCUUCGGUCAUGUUUUUACCUCCUCUUGAGUGAGAACACCCGUGUGAUCCUUGGCUCCUGGUUGGUUGAAAUGUUUUGUCAGCCAUAGUAGCCAGGAAGUGAAGUGAAAAACACUCGGAGGAGAUUUGCUGUACUUAUGACUACAACACAACGUUUCAAAUAACUGGGAAAAGAGACGGAGCUCUUCUCUUGGUUUCUCCAUGUAGACUGACUGUCUUCUGCAUGUGAUUGUACAGAUUUCAGUGUAACAUAAGUGAAAAAAACUAAACUAUUUCUUCUACUGUAAAUGUACGUAUGAUUCUUUACUGUUUUUUGGUUAGUACUGUACUCUCAGGACAGUAACACAAAUGAAGAUAUCUGGAAUAGUAAAUGGGUGAGUUCUGUGGACUGGACACUGUAGUUGGAAAUUGACAGCAUUUCACCAAUCAAGUUCUUCUUUUUCUGCAGUGAUGGAAUCAUAUGGAUGGAAUUCUCUAUGGCAUUGUGUUUAGGGUCCGGUUGCUAGAUGCUAGGGUCCAAGGAUUGAACAAAAAGGUCACCACCAUUUCCCACUACUUCUCACCUUUGACCUUUUGUGACGUUCAAGAUCUCCCUCAUCUCAUCUGGUAACAACUUGUUCUGAUCACAUCAUGAUGUAACGACUUGUUCUGACCCUGUCAUGAUGUAACGACUUCUGAUCACGUCAUGAUGACAUCCUGAUGUAACGACUUGUUCUGACCCUGUCAUGAUGUAACGACUUCUGAUCACGUCAUGAUGACAUCAUGAUGUAACGACUUGUUCUGAUCAUGUCAUGAUGACAUCAUGAUUAAUGACUUGUUCUGGCCACGUCAUGAUGUAACGACUUGUUCUGAUCACGUCAUGAUGACAUCAUGAUGUAACGACUUGUUCUGAUCACGUCAUGAUGACAUCAUGAUGUAACGACUUGUUCUGAUCACGUCAUGAUGUAACGACUUGUUCUGAUCAUGUCAUGAUGACAUCAUGAUUAAUGACUUGUUCUGGCCACGUCAUGAUGACAUGAUGUAACGACUUGUUCUGAUCACGUUAUGAUGACAUCAUGAUGUAAUGACUUGUUCUGAUGACGUCAUGAUGUAACGACUUGUUCUGAUCACGUCAGGAUGUAACGACUUGUUCUGAUCACGUCAUGAUGACAUCAUGAUGUAACGACUUGUUCUGAUCACGUCAUGAUGUAACAACUUGUUCUGAUCAUGUCAUGAUGACAUCAUGAUGUAUCGACUUGUUCUGGCCACGUCAUGAUGUAACAACUUGUUCUGAUCACGUCAUGAUGUAACGACUUGUUCUGGCCACGUCAUGAUGUAACAACUUGUUCUGAUCAUGUCAUGAUGACAUCAUGUUUAAUGACUUGUUCUGGCCACGUCAUGAUGACAUGAUGUAACGACUUGUUCUGAUCACGUCAUGAUGUAACGACUUGUUCUGGCCACGUCAUGAUGUAACAACUUGUUCUGAUCAUGUCAUGAUGACAUCAUGUUUAAUGACUUGUUCUGGCCACGUCAUGAUGACAUGAUGUAACGACUUGUUCUGAUCACGUCGUGAUGUAACGACUUGUUCUGAUCACGUCAUGAUGACAUCAUGAUGUAACGACUUGUUCUGGCCACGUCAUGAUGUAACGACUUGUUCUGGUCACGUCAUGAUGUAAUGACUUGUUCUGAUCACGUCAUGAUGUAAUGACUUGUUCUGACCACGUCACGAUGACAUCACGAUGUGAAGACUUGUUCUGAUGACAUCACAAUGUAACGACUUGUUCUGAUGACAUCACGAUGUAACGACUUGUUCUGAUGACAUCACGAUGUAACGACUUGUUCUGAUGACAUCACGAUGUAACGACUUGUUCUGAUGACAUCACGAUGUAACGACUUGUUCUGAUGACAUCACGAUGUAACGACUUGUUCUGACCACGUCAUGAUGACAUCACGAUGUAACGACUUGUUCUGAUGACAUCACGAUGUAACGACUUGUUCUGAUGACAUCACGAUGUAACGACUUGUUCUGAUCACGUCAUGAUGUAACGACUGGGGAUAGAAGAAUCAGGGGAAAGAAAGGAAAGGGAACUUCACUUUUAGGUUUUACACACUUCUUCUUUUUCUUGAUAUGUUUUGAUGCAGAAGAAUAGAACAAAUAACCACUAACGGAAAGCUGAUGAUUCUGCCUGUUAUAUUAGGUCAGUGAUGCGUUUUUUUUAAGAGACAUUUUAUGGCACGCAUUCAAAAUGGCACCCUAUUCACUAUUUAGCCCUAUGCACCCUGGUCAAAAGUAGUGCACUAUAUAGGGUUUAGGGUGCCAUUUCGGACAUACUAUUAAUGCACUCUGUACUAAAGUAAGUGUAUCAAAUUGCUAGGUUUACGUGAGUGUGGAAAAUAUAUACAAAAACGAUUCCAGAAUGGAUUAAAAAAAAAUGAGUACAAUUGAUAUCAAACUGUUAAUUUUCAAUGUGGGCAUGGAAUUUAAAUUUUAAAUAUGACUACGGUUGAUUUGACAAAGGUCUGUACUAAAUUGUCUGUUACGUAAUUGAUCACAACCGAUAACUUGCCAAUGAUAGCUGGGGUUGACUAGUCAGGUCUGUAGUACAGACAGCAGGGUGAGUAGUUAUUUCCAACUAACACUAUGUAUAGAGCUAGAAUCUGGAUUAAAUGGUCUUCCAUCCUGUAACAAUGUGUGUGGAUGCCUGGAUUGGGUUCAUUAUGCAUCAAACGGAAGAAAACGGACUGCAACACGGAAGGGCCUACUUGGAUUUGUCAAAAAAAAAAAACGUUCAUUUUCGUUUUUUCCCCGUUACAAAAUGUUUUGAACAUGGUUUUCUGCUGUGUGCCCUAAUGAAGAUGACCCUUUUGUGUUGCUCCAUUGUGUCCUUUACAGAGGUGAAGACUGUGGGCUUUUACAUUAACAUUGGUGUGCCAUACAUGUCUUUGUACUUGUGGGCGAACGAGUCAUAUCAUUUAUGAACGAGUCAUAUCUUUUUUAUCAUUACCUUUUUAUGUAGGAAAAAACCAGUAGGAAGGUCUCUAAAAGCCAUGCACUAGUUUGAAUGGAAGCCUGGUCCCAGACCUACUACUGCUGUCUGGCCAACUCCUAUGGUUAAUUGUCAUGCCAAGCAGUGAUUUGACUAUGAUUUCUUUUGCAAAGGAGUUGGCCAGACAAACAGAUGUGUGGGUCCUGGAUAGAAGUGUCAGGUUUUUUUGAGGAGAUGGAGACUACGAGGCAGUAGUACUAGGUGUUUACUCCUGCCCUUUUAAUAUUACAAAGACUGUAGGUUGGGUUGAUGUGGAACAACAUUUGGAACAUAGCCUAGAUCACGUAAACAACUUCAAAGCUAAACCCCAACCAUACUGUUCUGGGUCAAAUCUGUUCUUUUCACACUAUCAUGCUGACCCCAACCAUACUGUUCUUGGUCAUUUCCAGCAUGGUUCCAGCAACUAUGUUUUAAUGUGUAACCAGGCCAGGGCAGUAUAACUUGGUUUGGCUCGGUUCAGCUCGGUACUGUGAAAAGGGUAAUGGACUCUGUUGGGGACUUAGGCGCUUGUCUGUUUUCCAUUGAAUCCUGUAUUUCACAUUGCUGAAUAACUGGGAGACUGGAUGCUAAAUUAAUCGACUGGUCGCUAAAUUCAUCGACUGGUCGCUAAAUUCAACAUGGAGUUUUUCUGAAGAGAAGGAAGCUGUUAAAAAUAUAUAUAUCUGACCAGCUAGCACACUCACAGUACACUAAGCCAGACAUAUUUCCCUGUAAACUUGUACAGUACUUGGAGAAUUUAGAGUUUUAAUUUGAAGAUAAAAAUCUAAAAUUUUGAAAUCGAGGAAAAACUGUUCAGAAACCAAACAUCCCCUUCUCAAAACCUUCUGAGUAACACUUGAUUUUGAAGGGCACCUACGUAAGUAUUUUAUAACAUUCAUAAACCAUACAUAAAACAUUCAUAACCAGUACAUAAGUAUUUCAUAGUAGACAUAAUGUAUUAAAUGCUUACACACUGAUUAUGAAUGUGUUAUAAUGUCUUACCCUUUAAAUAAAGUGUUACCAACCUCCCUUUCCUGGGUUAUUUUCGUAUCUAUGCUAGUUGAAAUGGGAUUAGUUUUAAAUAUAAUUUACUUUAAUUCUCCACCAUCAUGAAAAUGGUAAAAAAAAAAAAAAAAAUUCAGUGUGAUGGACUUAAAUGUUUCCUUCAUUCUCAUUUCAUUUAAGUCUGUUAUCCUGUGGCAUGGUUUGGAUUUUAUUUAAUUAUUUUUUUUUAAAUUUCGUGGUCUUCAUGAUAUAGAAGGUUCUAAACGUAAAACUGAAAUGUCCAAAAUUGAGUUGAAAAAAUGUUGUAGGGGAAAUGAAGAUCUAGGCCCGAAAGAACACACGAUGAUUAAAAAGUAAAAAAACUA